GUCACCGACAUGAAAAGGAAUGCAGACAGAGCCGCUCAGCUGAGUCCCAGCCCUGACCACGAGGCCCCGCUUCUGAGGCAGAAGCAGAGAUUACUACAAGUCCGUGAAAAAGGAGCCCUCGCUCUGCAGAGGAGACCAGACCUCCAGCCGUGGAAGAGCCAGCAGCCGCAGUGCCUGGCCGAGGAGCUGAAGGCGGGGUGGCAGGAGGCCCCCCCGCAGCAGGUCCAAGGCCUGGAGCGGCCGUAUUUAGCACAUCUGUUAGGCGUUGGGGGAGGACCGGCCAGGGAGCACCAACCGGACUCGGAGGGGCCGGCCCAGCGAGGAGCAGCCCGGCCACAGAGGGCCGGGGAGAGGCACAGAGCGGCCGCCAGAGAAGCGAGGAGUCGCAGAGAAGACCUAGUCAGACCCAGACCCCAGCCCUGGCGCACCAAGCCCCAGAGGAAAGCGGUGGGCGCGGAGAAGCCGGGGGCCCCCAGAGCCGCGGGCCUCACUCACUGCCCCCGCUGUGCCCCCGAGAAGAUUAAAGGGAAGCGAGUGCCUUCGACCAAGACCAGCGGCGGCCGCCGUCCCGCUGACCCCCGGGGGAGCAGGGGGAUGGACGUGGAAGAGCUCGGGGCUGCUGCCGGGGAGCUGGAGCGCAUGCAGAAAAGGAAGAAGGAAGGAGGCCGGGACGGGAGGAGGCAGCUGGGGCAGGUGUCGGCGCCCCCCGGUCAGGGCCCGAAGAGCAGCGGUCCGGACCCGAGUCCCAAGGGCAGGGCAAGGGACCUGGAAGAGCUGUGGCUGGGGGGCUGGACCUGCAGAGGGGCGUCUCCGUGCAGGUGUGGCGACAGGAGCAGGUGGCAGAGGGAGCUCGAGUUUGCCUUCCAGGAGUUGUUUAACACGAACCAAGAGCUAAAGAGGCACCUGAGCUUGCACCUGGCCCCGGGGCCCCGGGUGGAUCAGAGCUCCAGUGCAGAGCACGGCCUCUCGCAGGCGCCCCAAUGCAGAGGCGACACCCCGAGAGACAGGAGCGCGGUGGGCACCGAGGUGGACGUGGGGCCGCGCGGGGAGUGCGCGUGGCCCACGCCGGCCGAGGCCCGCCAGACUGCGUCCCACGCCAGCGCGGACAGGUUCCGGAGCCGGCUCGAGAGCCACAGAUACCAUCGGGUGGCCAGGCUCACGUCCAGGAGCGAGACCCGGGCUCGGGACCAGCGCCGGCCAGACCGGACCCGCUGGCGGAGGGUCCCCGUCGCCCCUGCCCCGCGGAGCUGGUGGACGGAGGCGGCCCGACGGCGAUGGUGGCAGAGGCCUGGCCGGUGGCGGGAACCGGUGCGCCCCACGGGCUCCCCGGGGCUGAGCUGGGAGGCCCGCGCCCUGCCAGAGCCGGAGCCGGAGGAACCGGAGGAGCCAGAGCCAGAGCCGGAGCCAGAGCCGGAGCCAGAGCCGGAGCCGGAGCCGGAAGGGCAGACAGAACAGAGAAGGGUGUGCCUGGCUCGCCUCACGUCCUCCUCCUCCCAAGACCAGAAGGAAGGGGAGUGCGAGCGCGAUACCACUUCCCCCUUGGCCUCUGGCUUCUUCGACGAUGACCAGCACAGUCAGAUGAUCCGUGACCUUCAGCAGCAAAUUGAAGAGCAAAACAAAUUGCACAAGCAAUUUCUUGAAGAAGCCAGGAAACGCUUGCAAGAGUUUCAGACGAUAUGA